ACAAACCUCAUCAUUCAUUACAACACACUUACAACACACUAGCACUUCUCUCUCUCUCUCUCUCUCUCUCUCUUACACACAACAACACAGUAUGUCUAGCUCAUCGGAAUUCUCUGAAUUUUCCGGCAACAAGGCGGCGGCGAAGUCGCCGGAGAAGACCACUUUCUCUCAGACUUGUAGUCUCUUGAGUCAAUACAUCAAGGAGAAAGGUAGCUUCGGAGAUCUUACUCUUGGCAUGACAUGCAACAACACCGAACAAACUGGGGCACCUGAGACUUCUUGUCAGUCUGCAACAACCAUGAACUUGUUUCCUGCCAAGGAAAGCAACAUGACACCAAAGAAUCUGACUCCUAUGAAUUUGCUCUCUCCACAAGAGAUUCCAACCUUGAUCAAUAAUUCUAGUGCAAUUAAGUCUGUGAGCAAAGGGGCUAAAGCUUCACAGUUGACAAUCUUUUAUGCUGGCCAAGUAAUUGUGCUUGAUGACUUCCCUGCUGAUAAAGCGAGUGAACUCAUGUCCUUGGCAACCAAAAGCACCUCCCAAAGCCAGAACAACUCUGUUCAAGAGAACCAGCCUUCAUUUGCUCCUAGUCUGAUCAGAACAUCUGCUGAUUCAAGUGCUCCGGUUAUUCCUGGUGUGAAUAUCAUCCCUUGUACCGGCACCAACUCUAUUCCCGAACACGCUCAGGUGUCAUCGAGACCUAUUGUUUGCGAUCUGCCAAUUGCUAGGAAAGCUUCACUUCAUCGGUUCCUGGAGAAGAGAAAGGAUAGAAUUGCUGCCAAAGCACCAUAUGAAGUGACAAAUCUGAUGGGGCAUGCUAAUAAGCCAGCUGAGUCCAUGUCAUGGCUUGGGUUUGGUACCAGAUGACCUCAAAUCUAAGUUCAAACACUGGCCAUCAAACCCUUUUAUGUCAUUUUGAGGAGAAUAUUUGUCUUGAAAAAAGAAUGCUUGCUAGCUAGCUAGCUAGAUCUUUUGUUUGCCAGAACUUAAGACUAAGUUUCUGGUUAUUUUUUCCUAACUGGAUAGCAUUAUUACUCUUGUUCAUUAAUGCUGGUGGUUAAAGAUAUAUUAUGGGCAUCCUGUUAGCCCUAUAUGUUUGUUAGAACUUACCAUAGAUCUAACUCUUAUAUAUGAUUCUAUAUAUUCAUUGUUAUCAUUAGUCUUGUA